AUGGACACACAGCGACCAGGUUCUCAGAAGCUCCCUGCGGGAUUGGCAGGGGUUUUGAACCCGGACGAGAACCGCGACUCGGCUUAUUUUUCCAGUACAGAUGCCUCGAGCAAGCACAACUCCGCCGCUUCAGGCAUGGGCACCAAUGUCCUCAGUCCCACCGGCUCUGGCUACCAGUCUUCGCUAGCAGACAAGACGCCUUCACCUGUCACCACGAACAUGGUCCCUCAACCGCUGGUUUCGCCUGCGCAGAGUAAUAUGAGCGUUGCUUCGAUGGUGUCGCCAACAACGGUUGGCGGCACUGAUCCGCGUCGAUUCGAGCGUCCAACGUCAUUGGACUCUGGUGUAGCCCACGACAUGAUGGGUCCCGGGUCUCGCAGAGAGAGCGUCGACAGCAGGAUAAACCAGGGUUUCCACGACAUGAGAUUGGGCGGGAACUCCCCGUACGCAAGCCAUAACCAGUCGACAACCUCGAUACAGAACACCCUUAACCAACAACGCAACCCCCGUAAUGGCCUGGACAACCUUUCCGUACACCGCAUCUCCAACGGGUAUCAACCCAGUAAUGACCGAAACCCCGAGAACCCCAAGAUCAUCCGAACUGCUCCGGCCAUUACCGGUCCUGCGACAAGCAACAUUGCGAGAGCUGCGGAGCCCACAAAGGGUCAGGCAUGGGCGUUCCCCGAGGAAGAUAUACAGCGAAUCGGUCCUCACGACACCUAUCUCGACUCCAGGCGAAGCAGCAUUGCUGAGUCAAUAGCCAGCAGCCAAUUCACGACGGAAUCGAGACUACCACCCGGUCAGAGGCGCUUGGACGAGCCUGCCGACUUCAACAACCGUCUGUCGAGCACGUCUUCCGAGUUCCCUCCCGUUCACCAUCAUUCGUUGCAACAUAAGCAGAUUGGAGACCUGCGCGACGAUGACGCCGCCUCGCGAACCGGUUCCCAGCCGUACAGCCGCACACCCGAGCUGCGCAAGAGCCAUAAGCUGGCGGAGCGGAAGAGAAGGACAGAAAUGAAGGAGCUAUUUGACCAGCUGCGCGACUUGAUGCCGCAGGAGCGCGGCUCCAAGGCAUCCAAGUGGGAAAUUCUUACCAAAGCAAUCUCGGAACACCAACGGAUGGCUGAGGUCAUGCGUAUUGUGCAGUCGCAAAACACUACGCUGGCUCAGGAAAAUGACGGCCUUCGGCAGGAUAACCACAACCUACGCGUCGACAUUCAGCGUAUGCAGAACGAGUUGCACAACAUGCGGCUACAACAAUCUCCGCCAGGCCAGGCGCCAGCUCAGUCACAGGCCGCCCCACCGCCUCCGCCGUCAGCGGCCUACCAGACAGAUCCCUACGCGAAUCGUCGUGAGUUGCCACCUAUUCGGGGCUUGAACGGCAGCAUUACCAACGGACCGGAUUCAAUGACCGGCGUUCAAUACGAGGCCCCGAGGAUCAAUGGGUACCGUCCCGAAAGGUACUGA